CGAAGCCGGAGCGAGCAGCGGCGGGCUGAGGCGGGGGGGAAAUGGCGGCCGCGGUGCUGUCGGCGCCGGAGGGCGGCUCUGCCGUGAUGCCGUCGGGGAGCGCGUCGGUUUGUUCUCCCCCAGCCGGUCCCUCGGGUCCCGGUUCGUGGAGCCGUUCUUUGGACCGAGCCUUAGAAGAAGCGGCGGCCAGCGGUACCCUCAGUUUGAGCGGCAGGAAGCUCCGUGACUAUCCGCGGGCCAGCGCCGCCAACCACGACCUCAGCGACACCACCCAAGCCGAUUUGUCACGGAACAGACUGUCAGAGCUUCCAGCAGAAGCAUGUCACUUUGUCUCCCUUGAGAGUCUUAAUUUGUACCAGAACUGCAUUCGAUACAUCCCAGAGGCUGUUUUGAACUUACAGUCUUUAACAUUUCUAAAUAUAAGUCGAAACCAGCUUUCAACAUUGCCAGUACACCUCUGUAGUCUACCACUAAAGGUUUUGAUAGCAAGUAACAAUAAGUUGGUUUCAAUACCUGAAGAAAUUGGGCAGCUCAGACAGCUGACAGAGCUUGAUGUGAGCUGUAAUGAAAUACAGACAAUACCUCCACAGAUUGGCAAUUUGGAAUCCUUGCGGGACCUAAAUGUCAGAAGAAAUAAUUUGGUGCGUUUACCUGAAGAGCUUGCUGAGUUGCCUUUGAUUCGAUUAGAUUUCUCCUGCAAUAAAAUAACAACGAUACCAGUUUGUUAUAGAAACCUCAGACAUCUGCAGACCAUCAUGUUAGAGAACAACCCUCUCCAGUCACCCCCUGCACAGAUAUGUAUAAAAGGAAAAAUUCAUAUAUUUAAAUACCUGAACAUAGAAGCAUGCAAGAUAGCUCCAGACUUGCCUGAUUAUGAGAGGAGACCUAUGGGAUUUGGAUCUUGCCAUGAGGAACUCUAUUCCAGCCGGCCGUAUGGAGCACUUGAUUCUGGCUUCAAUAGUGUGGACAGCGGAGAUAAAAGAUGGUCAGGGAAUGAACCAACAGAUGAGUUCUCAGAUCUCCCUUUACGUGUGGCAGAAAUCACUAAAGAACAGCGACUGCGAAGAGAAAAUCAGUAUCAAGAAAACCGAGGGAGCACAGUCGUAACUAAUGGUGGAGUGGAACAUGAUCUCGAUCAGAUCGACUAUAUUGAUAGCUGUGCCACAGAAGAGGAGGAGGAAGAGGUGAGGCAACCCAAGUGCAUGGACUCAGACAGCCUCAGCUCACAAUUCAUGGCAUAUAUUGACCAGCGGCGAAUCUCUAAUGAGGGCUCACCAGUAAAGCCUGUGUCCAGAGAAUUUCAGAGAACAGAGGAUGCAAGACGAUAUUUACAUCAAAACAGGGAUACUGAUGAAUUACGAAGACCUGAAACUCUAAAUUUGAUGCAGGACAGAGAGCAUCACCAAGUACUAAGGAGUUAUGUGGACAGGACAGAGAGACCCCCGGCUGAUUCACCUUAUUUUCUCUCUCUAUCAAGUCACCACAGUCAGGUUACUAAUACAGAUGCCGAGCUGCACCGCAGGCACAUAGAGCGUACCCGACGGGAGGCCCAGCUAGCAGCGCUUCAGUACGAGGAAGAGAGGAUGAGAACAAAACAGAUCCAGAGAGAAGCUGUCCUUGACUUUGUUAAGCAAAAAGCAUCCUUAAGUCCUCAGAAGCAAAGUCCUCUGGAUAGUGAGUGUCCCUUUCCAUCCAGAAGGUCUCAGCAUACUGAUGAUAGUGCCUUGUUAGUGAAUGGCUUUGAGCCUCUCUUUGUGUUUGAGAUUGACAAUAACACCAAUACCAUUAAAAGGCGGCCAGGGACUCGCAAACAGCCACUCUCAGGGUUGAGUCAAGAAAGCUGUGCUACUACCCUGCCUAAUGCCUCUACCUUCAGUCCUGUCAAGAGUGAUGACAGAUCUACCAUCUCCCCCGGCUCACCUAACACUCAGACAGUCCACCUUUCCCCUCCAUAUCCUGGUCAUGCAGCCCCGCCUUCCUAUAGAAACCCUUCCCAGCGACCUGAGAGUUUCCUUUUCCGAGCAGCUGUCAGGGACGAAGCAAACAAAGCUGCUACUUCAUCUUCUACCCGUGCCUUGUCUCCUGCUAAUGAUUCUGCAGACCCCAGAAUAAGACAAAACUCCAAACAGCGAGAGGAGGAGCUGGAGCUAAUAGAGCAGCUACGUAAGAAUAUAGAAUCGCGAUUGAAAGUGUCAUUGCCCAGUGAUCUUGGAGCAGCUCUCACCGAUGGUGUUGUUCUGUGCCAUUUAGCUAAUCACGUGCGUCCCCGAUCUGUUCCCAGCAUCCAUGUCCCCUCACCUGCUGUUCCUAAACUUACAAUGGCAAAAUGCAGGCGAAAUGUGGAGAAUUUCUUGGAAGCAUGCAGAAGGAUUGGAGUGCCUCAGGACAAUCUUUGUUCCCCUUCUGACAUUCUUCAGCUAAACCUCAGCGUUAAAAGAACAGUUGAGACUCUUCUUUCCCUGGGGACAGAUUCAGAAGAAUCCAGUCUUGUCUCCCUUUCCGUUCAGCUCUGGGGCUUUGUGGUGUUUUACUGUACUCUAAUGCUAACGCUCUGUAUGUUCUAUCGCUGGGUCUUUUUUCUCUAGCUGAAGGAUAGUGGUGCUGCUUCCUCCCUCCAUCACUCCGGUGCUUGGGAAAGGAUUAUUUUGGUUUUUGUCAAGACUGUGUGUAUGAAGUGCUUUCUUUCCCACUGAUGGGGCAGAGGUGACAAGUACGAUGUGUAAACACAUUGGUGCACCCACACGACCAUCUGUGACAUAAUUCACAUUUGUAUUUGCUGUGUCACGUUUAGCAGAUGUAACGCUUUUACAAGGGAGGAAGUGCUGUCCGGGGCUAGAGCAAGGGACUGAGGUUAGGGUGCAUGCCAUAGUCUGCUGAUGAGUGAUGUAGUACUGGGAAAACUGCGUUGUCAGUUUGUGCCUCGGUUUCCCAAUCUGUAUAAUGGGAAUUGCACCCACUUUGGUAAAUUGCUUCAGGAUUACCUGAUGAAAAAUGUUAAAGAAUGCAAAGUAUCUUUUUUUCAACAUCAGUGUUCUUGAUUAGAUCUCACAGUCUUAGGAGACAUGGUCUGGUAAGUUUUGGCCACGGAACUUUGCUACUGAUUUUUCUUUUCUUACCACUCCCUACCCCCCCACCCCCAUCCCUUUUCCUGCUUCUUGAGAGCAUUUGAUUUCUCAUAUUUGUAGACUCUGGUGUAUUACUUUGAGUCAGGAUUUUUAAAAUAACUGUCAGUGAAUCCUGAGCUACUUGAGCUUCAUAACAGGUCAAGCAGGAAAUUCUCAGAAAAUUGAGCUCUUCAAUUUUCUGGCAUGUUUCUGAGAAACGUUUUCUGGCACAGAAGGAAAAAAAAUCUUUAAGAUUCUAUCAGGUGCCACAGAAUGUCAUAGCAGUUUACUGUGCUCUGGAUAAAGCUUAACAAAAACUUCUUGAGUUGCUACUCGAUUGUGGGCACCCCAACUUCUGCUUAUUUGCUCUUUAUUCCCUUCUUCCUCUUACCCCAUCAUUUUCAGAAACCUUUGUACAAUACAAUUGCGGAAAUACAAGUCCAGGCUCCAAUAUCACUCUUCACUGUUUUACAAAACUCAGGUAGUCUUCUGUAAAGCUUCAAAGCUUUUCCCUCCCCAGGAAAAGCGUGCUGGUGCUUUAAUGCUUUAAUGUCUCAGGGACACCUCAGAACUUCAGGGCACUCCCCAUGUGCUGUGUAAAAGACCAUGUCUCCUCAGAGUGUAGAUUGAUUCGGGGAACUCUGCUCAGAGACCGGUGACAGGUAAGUGUUAAGUGAAAUGGCUGUUCCAGAUGUGUUUUCAAUACGUUUCUGUUACAUCUGAAAAUACAGUAAAUGGCUUGUAAGCCCAGUUGAAGUGGUGUUAGCAUUCCGAUGUUAACCUGGCAACAACUCUGAAGCACAGUUUAAGAUACACAGGAGUUCAGUUGCAAAUGUGGUCGCUACCAGUAAAAAUGUGUUAUGUGUACGUGGAUCUCACAAGCUCUUGUAACAUAAAGUGAGAACUUCACAAAGGAGCAAGUAGAGGAGCUGGUGCCCUCUUUCCAAAUCACACAUAGCGUUCUGUCCAAACAAAACAUUUUUGAGGAAAGAGGGGACCUUUGACAGGGGGAGACUGUUGGGUUUUUUAAAAAAUAAGCUAUUUUUGCACUGCUUACUGGUAUGAACUAAAAUGAACUCAGUUCCUAUGUUUCUUAACUUCUUCUAAUGAACACUGUGAUAAAAGCUGCAAAGGGUUCUACACUAACAGUGCCUUCCAGUUUUUGAAUUUUGUUUGUCAUGACUGUCUGUGGUAUGGAGUCAUUCCAGAGCUUGUCCCCUUAUCUGUUUGCGUACGUAAGAAAAAAGAUAAGGCAUAUUUGCUCAAGUUUACAAGUAUUGUCUCAAAAAGCACACUUUUUUUCAAAAUAACACAAAUUUGCUAGAAGAAAAAUGUAUUUUAGCCUGAUCAUACGGCUUACUGUGAGAAUUUCAGUCUGUGUUCGUUUGUUUUCUCUCCGCUCUAAGCUUUGCGGGAGGAGUGUUGGCUGUAAAUGUUUAUGCUGAAGGAUUUCUUUAUUAUCAAAAAUCAGUAAAGAUUCAAAAAGUGGAGAAAUGGAGGUUGCUGUGGAAGUAACACGUGAAAAAUAAUCUCUGUAGCUCUAUAGGAAGGACACUUGGGUUAUUUUCUACAGAUACAGAGAACUGUUGGACAUGCAUCCUGACUGUUGUGGAGUGAGGAUGGCCGGGAUGUGCCAAGGACUUGCGUAGCAUGAGGCUUUAAAUCCAUCUUAGACUGAGAAUAGCACAAUUAUUAAUAAACACUUUGAAACCUCAUUUUGCGUAUUACUCUUAUUCCUUAGAGUGAUUUUGGAGGUAACCUGCUAAGCGGGUGUACUCCUGGGAGAUAAAUAAGCGGUAGUGACUCACACAUAACGUAGGAUGGAUAUUUGCCUAUAAAUACACUGUCGAUUUCUCAUUGCCUUGGACAGGAGAAAGGGCAUUUUCUACUUUCAUGAUCAGGUUAUUUCAGUCCUACAUAGAAGCGAGUCUUUUUUUUCUUUUUUCUUCCAUAAAACAACUUUCUGCUUUUUCAUGCCUUCCAGGAAAUUUUUGUUACGAUAGAGAUUAGCACAAACAUAGAGACAAGAAGGACUUCAGAUGGGCAGUGUGUCUCACGAGAUGGGAAUUACUUUUAAGUAUGUUUCUUCUCAGACUUGUUGCAGUGCUUCCAUGACACACAUUAGUAUUUCGUUCUCUGCUCUAAAGCAGGUCUGUCUUCACCUUUGCUAGCUGACGAGGCUUGCUACGUGAGGACUCCCUUGAAAAGGCAGCUGUGUUUUGGAAAGGAAGCCGUGGUUCCUUUCCUGCUCUGUGUUGUAGCAGGUUCAUCGUGUCAAAGCAAAGCUUUCCCCCUCCUUAAGUUCAUCUACUACAUAAACUGCUGCCAUUUCAGCAUGGGCAGAGAUAGAGGACAAUUUGCUAUUCCCCACUUCUCCCACAAUCCUUUUUCAGAUUCUUAUUUGUACAGUUUUCUGAUAAACAGAAGGAUUACCCCAGGGCCGCCUUCUUCGAGCAGUCAUGUUCAUGGUUCAUUAGUCACAAGCAGAAAUUUCAUUUCAUACCUGUGUGUGUGCUAGCUGUCCAUAACAUUUCAUAUUUCAGUCACCUUUUGCUUAAUUUUUUUUUCUUUUCAGUUGAGUGUUUUUCAUCCAUUUUGUUUUUGUCUUUGUUUUGUUCCCCAUUCAGGAGCAAUUAUGUUUGCCUCUCCAUAUUUUAGAAGAGAAGGGUUUGACACAGGUAGCUGUGACUGUCCAGGCGCUCCUGGAGCUGGCACCCCCAAAGCAGCAGCAACUUCACCACUUGUCUGCUGUCUAAAGACCUCCAGGACCUUUUGGGUUACCUUGGCUAAGCAGAAGGACGUGAAGACUUUACUGCCCAUGCAGUGCAUCCAAACACACAGAGCUCUGUUCUAAGGAAAUGAGUUUCCGUGAUUCCUGACAGGAAUGUUUUACGUCAUUUCUCCAUUUUUUUGGAGACCACAACAGUUUCCAAUAACAUUUUUAUUAUUGAUAUUUUUGCCCCUUAUUUAAAAAAAGAAAUAAAUAGAGUUCAUGGGGAGGAGGGCAGGGAAUUCCAGUGGCUGGCUGUUGGAGCCAGCUAUAGAAACUGAACUUGUGGACUGAAGACAUGGGUGUAGAGUUGGGAAAACGAUUCCUAGGGAAAUUUGUUUGUAAAAACAUUGGGCACGUGGGGAAUGAAGUUUCUUUCCUUCCCUGCAGGGUUCAAAGAAAGGGAAUUUCUUUGCCUCCGAAGAACAGCGAUUUCUAUUAUAUAUUAAAAAAAAUUGCAACACACAAUCUUAACCUGCAGUGUUUGAUAACAGGAUUGAACCUCAUGCAACUGUAACUUGUGUUGGCAUGUCCUCAUUACUUAAUAUUUGAAGGGGAAAAAAAAGGAUAUUUUUUUUUCCCCAAGGGAAAAAAUACUGCAUGUUUUCUCUGCAAGAAACAUCUUAGUAAAAGAUACUAAACCAGAACUGUUCAACUUGUAUUAACCACAUUAGCAUUCUUACUGGGUUCACUUUUUGGGGGUUUUAACAUGUCUUUAUCUGAAAAUUUUUCCAACGUCAGUGGAGGGAGAUCUCCUGCCUCCUCUCACCUGCCCUUCUGGUCACGUAGGGAUGCGUUCGUUACUCGAUAGUUUUGUCAAAUGAUGGCUAAGUGUCAUCAAGAACCACGUAUGUGUUUUCACUGCAGUAUGAAGAAUUAAAGCCUGCCAUGCUAAUCAUUGGAAACCCAUUAUCAAAUAAUACGUUUUUUAGGGGCUGAAGUAUCCCAUGCAGACAUGCCGGCACUGGUGAAUGUCCCAGCCAUUGAGAAAUUUGCUGUUCCAAGAACACAAUUACUGAAUUUCCCCAGGUGGGCUGCAUAUUGCCAAAGCAGCAAUCCGUUGUAAAAGGUAGCUUCUGAUUGUGGGUUUAACAAGGCUUUCAUAAAUAAAGCCUUUUAUCAUUGAAAUUUAUGUAGAGAUGCACUGAUUUUACAGAACUACCCUUACUUACUCCCUCUUUCCUUAACAUAAAAAUGGAAAUUCAAUAUACAGGAAUGGGAGAGGCAGCCAGCAAGUUCUGUGUUUUGCUGGAAAGUUGACCUGCCAAACAAAGACUGGCUCUGUGUGCUCUGGUCCUAGUGACCAGGCCAAGCUCACUACCAGAUCCGUUACAAUAAUUACUUUUUUUUUUCCCCAAAUAAAGACCUUGCAAAAUCCAGUUCCCCAGCCAUGCAGCACCUUUGUUAGGUUUUAGCCAAUUUAAAGCAUCCCAGAAUGUUAUGCUACUGCUACGUGGUGCACGGGGUCUGAGACCAACUUCAGGCAUCGGAGAUACUGCGUCUGGGGCUAUAUUUGGAGCAGAACAGACCAAGAGGAUUUCACGGGGAUAAGGAGGGAGAAGAAAUGGGGACAGGUGGCCUAGAAGUCAUUUUUGCUGAAGUAAACCUGCCAUGGGAACACUGGGCCAGGACUGGUCUUACUUGGAUUUUUCCCCUCUUGAUUUGCAGUUUUGUUUCCACGCUGUUUUGCUUCAUGUAUUUCUUUCACGGUCCAUUGUGGUGAUUGUUGAAUCCUUUAUCUCACAUAAUUAUUCCAGUUGCUUCUUAUUGGCAUUGGCUGAUCACAUUGCAAGUGGAUGAAAAAUAAAAAAAAAAAACCACAUGAAGGGUAUUUAAAACUGUACAGCUGAAAAGAGAAAUCUUUUCAUACUGGGUAAGCAUUGCCCCGAGCCCUGCAAGAUGUGAAAAUGCCAGUAAUUGCGAUACAUUUAGGAAAAGAGCAGCUCCACGGAGACACACUUUCCUCCUUUAGUAGGUCUUGUGUUUCACUUAAUUUCACUUGCAAGGGGUGUUGGUAAUUCUUAAAGGAUUACGUACAAGUGUCUGACGCCCCGGCUGUAGUUUGCUGAGUGGAAGAUUCUGCCACUGGCAGCCAACAGCACGGACACAAAGUGUUUCUUCUGUGUUUGUCUCUGCACGUAAUUUGAAAGAGGUGGGCACUGGCUUCAUCUUAGUUUCAACAUUAGGUCACUUGUAUUGUUACACGGGCAUGUUAACUUUUUAAUAGCACACCCUUUGCGGACUAUUUAAAUAUUCCCGUUUUAAGAAAACCAUUCCCAUCAUGGAAUUGUGAAGGGGGUGGUGUUUGCUCCAGUCCAGCUUCCAGCACUUGGGGAGAACGAAACUGAACAGUAUUCAGGUUGGUGGAAGUUUGACCAAUUUCAUUAAUACUAGUUUUUAGGAAUUCAUGGGGCGGGAGCUUGAGCCUGCACUGCCAGCAAUGGCCGUUUCCCGUCGUGUCUGGUUAACACGGCUGCUCCUCUGCGCGGGCGGCUGAGCUGGUGUGAGGAGCAAUGGUUGCAGGGCUGGGCAGGCGUUGUGUCCCCAGCGCCCCUUGCUGCGUCCCCAGCAAUGGUUCCCUCUGGCAGUUUCAGUGUAUGUUGUUGUGUUAGUUUGACAUUUAUAAUCCUGUGUUUUCAUGCUGGCAAACACUAAAUCUUGACCAGAUGUUUAGGACAAAAAUCCAAACCUGAAGUUUCAUCAUAUGGUUUAUUUAAUAUAUUCUACCAAAACCAACUUCAGUUCUGUUGUGCAAAAUGGGUUGGGAUUUCUUGGUGUAUUUAUGUGCAAUUUUUGUUGUAUCCCGUGAAAAGAGUAUUUUAAAAAAAAAAAAGUGUAAAAAAAAUUCUAUUUUGUGUGUUAAAGCAAAGAGGCAAUUGUCUUUCCUCUCUGGGGCAUUUGUGUUGGAGGCUGUGGGAGGAAUCCCAGUGUUCCGUGCUUUGGGUGUUUAUACACCGACUGUGUUGUGUCACCAUCCUCCCUCAAGCCCCGCCGAGCGCUGAGCAGCGUUAGAGGCUCAGCGAGGUUCCGCGCUCGCCAUGGAGCCUCACGGGCACUCAGAGGUCCCUGGUGGCAUCGCGUGGUCGGGGCAAAACAGACGGCGUUUGGGUCUUCCCCCUUGUGAAGGGGGGAGGCUUUCGUAACGGCCUCGACGUCAGCGGCUUGCUUAAAAUAAAUCAGAGACAACGUUUUACAGCGCCGAGAACACCUCUGUUGUUCUUGGUGUGACACAAGGGCAAAUGAUCUUUUUACCCUUUUAUGACUAUAAAUGGUUCUUUGAAAAAAUGUUUUAGAAACAGAGGACUUCUAAGGUGAAUUUGGACAUCUGAAAAAAUCUUUUGUAUAGAUACUGUGGUGUUUUACAAAGCAAUCUAAUUUUGUUAUUUCUGAAAACAGUGUAAACGUGUAAUUAAUAGAGUAAAGGAUUUUAAAGCUUCA